AUGGCAAUAGAAUUGGUAGCUCCUAGUUGGGUUUCAACUGCAGCCACAUGGUUUGCAACUUUUGCCAUCCUCUUCCUCUUCAGCCGCCGUCUCCGCCGCCGGAGAUAUAACCUGCCACCAGGCCCAAAACCAUGGCCCAUCAUAGGAAACCUGAACCUCAUUGGGCCCCUCCCACACCGUUCCCUCAAUGCUCUCAGCCACAAGUAUGGACCAAUCAUGCAUGUGUGGUUCGGCUCCAACCCUGUUGUCGUGGGCUCCUCCGUGGACAUGGCAAAAUCCUUCCUUAAAACACACGACGCCACCCUCGCCGGAAGGCCCAAAUUCGCCGCAGGAAAGUACACAACAUACAACUAUUCAGACAUAACUUGGUCUCAAUAUGGACCAUACUGGCGACAAGCUCGUAGGAUGUGCCUAAUGGAAUUGUUCAGCGCAAAAAGGCUCGAGUCUUAUGAGUAUAUCAGAAAGCAAGAGCUACGUGGUCUUCUUAAUGAACUCUACAACUCUGCAAACAAAACAUUAGUGUUGAAAGACUAUCUAACUGAUCUGAGCCUUAACGUUAUAAGCCGCAUGGCGUUGGGGAAGAAGUAUACGGAGAAAGCAGAGAAUACUAUCAUUUCCCCUGAGGAGUUCAAGAAGAUGCUGGACGAGUUGUUCUUGCUGAAUGGGGUUCUUAACAUUGGGGACUUCAUCCCUUGGAUUAACUUUUUGGACUUGCAGGGUUACAUAAAGAGGAUGAAGGCUUUGAGCAAGAAGUUUGAUAGGUUUAUGGAGCAUGUGUUGGACGAACACAUUGAGAGAAUGAAAGGGAUUAAGAAUUAUGUUGCCAAAGACAUGGUGGAUGUGCUUUUGCAACUUGCUGAGGAUCCUAAUCUUGAGGUGAAGCUUGAGAGGCAUGGAGUCAAAGCUUUUUCUCAGGACUUAAUAGCGGGUGGGACAGAGAGCUCUGCUGUAACGGUAGAAUGGGCAAUCUCUGAGCUCUUGAGAAAGCCAGAGAUAUUCAAGAGGGCUACAGAGGAACUAGACAAAGUGAUAGGAAGAGAUAAAUGGGUUGAAGAGAAGGACAUUAUCGAUUUACCCUAUAUUAAUGCAAUUGCUAAGGAAGCAAUGAGGCUGCACCCUGUGGCACCAAUGUUAGUGCCAAGACUAGCCCGUGAGGACUGCAAUGUUGAUGGAUAUGAUAUCCCCAAAGGGACUCAAGUGCUUGUCAAUAUUUGGACUAUAGGAAGAGAUCCUGAAAUUUGGGAGAAUCCAAAUGAAUUUCAACCAGAGAGGUUUAUAGGAAAGGAGAUAGAUGUGAAAGGACAUGACUAUGAGUUGUUGCCAUUUGGUGCUGGUAGAAGGAUGUGCCCUGGUUACCCUCUUGGCCUUAAGGUUAUUCAAUCAAGUUUGGCCAACCUGUUGCAUGGCUUUAACUGGAGACUACCUGAUAAUAUGAGGAAUGAGGACUUGAAUAUGGAGGAGAUAUUUGGCCUGUCUACACCUAAGAAACUACCUCUGGAAGUAGUUGUUGAGCCUAGACUUCCAAAUCAUCUUUAUUCCCUAUGAGUAUUGUCUCUAUCCAUAGGUUUUCUCUAAGAA